ACCCACCGCCUGUAGCUAGGCUGGUGAACGUUUACGGUAUCAACCUACCCACCGAGGCUGGAUAUGCCUUCAGGGUCAAGACGGCGGCGAUCAACAGUUGUUUAUACACCAAAUUCAAGCUGGAUAACACUUUCCGGAAUGGCACACACAAGUGUGUCGACGGGGUCGCCUAUGAGAACAAGUACACCUGCCAACAGGAUUCACACACGCAGAUACAACAAACGUUCAACCCUGAUUGGGCUACAGACCAUGCGUCCACAGACUUGGCAUUGACUAACGUUUAUUCACAUGCUGUGCUUAAGGUACAGGCCAGUGGCGAUGGGACGGUGACCUAUCUCUCCUUAAACUACCCGGAACGGUGGAUCUCCGACGCAUACGACAUCGAAGUUGAGAAUAUUGAAUUCGAGAAGAUGGAGCACAGGGAGAUGCUUGGCGAUGAACGAUUGAUCGAUGUAUUAAUUCGGAAGGCUACCCACCUGAUCGAGCCGGAUAAGAGCCUUCAUAUAUCGUCGUCACUCCCAAUAAAAUGA